AUGAAGAAGGAGUUCUUUGAGCGCAAGAUGCGCGUGAAGCAGGCGGAGCUGUGGCGGGAGGACGUCCGGGACUUCAUCUCGCUCACCGAGCGGAAGAUGUCGAUCUACUUGCUGGUCAACGUGCUCCUGCUCGGCUUCAACCUGAACCUGUGGUGCGAGGGGCGGUUGCCGGAGGGCACGCCGGACUGGCUCAUGCUGGGCAACCAGGUGGCCAUCGGAAGCUCCUUCACGUUCCUGCUCCUGACCGUGUGGCUGGCCAUGCACGCGUCCGUGGCGGCGCAGAGCUACCAGACCCGCAUCCUGACCCAGCUGGUGCGCCUGCCGCUGCCGUGCUGGAGCGAGCUCGAGGCCUGCCGCACCCACGCCUCGGAGUUCGAGAAGGCUCGCGCAGGGGAUCGAUGA